AGGGGAGGCAGCCUGAAUGAUCUCAUCCCUCCAGCAGCUGCAUAGCGCAGCGAGGCAAACCCGUAACUUUCUAUCAAACUUCCAAGUUGCCUUUUCCGGAGGACGACACCGGGAGCAUUUUCGGUUUGAACCGGAGCGAGCGCACAUUUCCCCCCCGGAGAAGGUUUUGGAUUUAGACAAAUGCCAAGUGGUUACAUCAACCCAGUAGCAGUAUGCAGGCUUGAAGACGUGUGCUCGCUCCUUCACUUUUCUCCGCCCAGACAAUCAACCUGCCCAUGAAGUCAGGGAGCAGCAUCCCAUCCCAGAGGCAGCCAUGUCUCCCUGCUAAGUGCCUUUAGCCUUUUGCACUGGUGUUAUGACAGCCUGAAGCGCCCACCCAUGGAGCGCACUGUUGGGGGAUCCAUCCCCGCCACUGAUGAGUUUUACACCCGCCACCUCCGUUUGGUCAAUGGAGGCACUGUGCCCACCCGCACAGACAACGUCCAUGGCACUGUGAGCACAGGAGUGCCUAAAAUGGGUGUACGGGCUCGGGUGGCUGACUGGCCCCCGAGGAAAGACAUUGCAGGGGUUGUGUGGCACUCGGCUACAGAGCCUGAAAACUCUGGUGUGCCCUCCACUGGGAAAAGUCACAUUAAGUUAGGCUCUAUAAUGAGCCCUCAGGACUCGUCAAUGCUGCGAAACAUUCACAACACUUUGAAGAAUCGAACCCAGGCUCAGUCUAACAACUACAGCCCUGACACCCGUUACCUAGCCCCGGGAGACUACAGAGGCCCUGCACAUAGAAACCCACGGCAGAGACGCAUCCGUCAGCGCAGCAACAGUGACAUGACUAUCAGUGAGAUGGAAGGAAGUGGAGACAGCGGGGAGGACUGGGGUCCAACAGCUGGAGCCAAAUGGUCUCCUCUUCAUCGUGAAUACGGUAGCACCUCCUCAAUAGAUCAGCAUGGAGCCUCUGGAGAGAGCUUCUUUGAAAUGCUAAGGGGAUAUCAAGGGGACAAAGUGGACCAGCGGAGCCCUGCUCCAGAGAAACUGGAGGACAUGCUGAAUGUUGGGCCCAAGUCGGCCAGCACUGAUCUUCAGGAGGAUGUUGUGGACAGCCAUCCUCCUAAAGCCAGAGAUAAGCCCCCGAAGAGACGAACGAAAUCGGAGACAGGGGGUGAGUCUAUAUUUCGGAAACUUCGCAACGUGCGGGGUGAGUCGGACUCCCCCAGAGCGGGGUCUGACGUAGAGGAUGGUCGGACGGAGGACAUGGGCCCCCUUUUCAAGCCCUGGGUGUGUCAGAAAGGCUUUGCCCACUACGACGUUCAAAGCAUGCUGUUUGACCUCAAUGAAAUCACUCAGUUGCGACAGAUUGCAGGCAAAAGGAAAAACACCACCACAGGGGCAUCUGCUGCUGCUGUCGCCUCGGCAACCUCCACACUCUCGUCCACACACAGUCUGACCUACAGCUCCCCAAGUGGCAGCCAGGAAGAGCUCAGUUCUCGGGACAGUCCUGGUCUGGACGCUGGGGAUGAACUGAACAGCAACGAAAUGCUGCUAAGCUGCCCCUGCUUCCGAAACGAGAUCGGCGCUGACGCCAGUAUGAGACGCAGAUUGGGCAUUGGAGGGGCAGGGUAUCUUGUGGGAGGUGGAGCAGGGAACAGUGGCUCGGGGAGCGGGGAAGGAAAUUUGUACGAAACAUCUGUAACAACACACUGCACUAACGCUGGAGUAGCAGUGCUGGAGGGACCAAAGGAAGGCCCCAACACGCUUAGUGAAAAGGGCAAACAAUACAUUGUGGAGCAUGUGGACCUGGGGGCCUACUACUAUAGGAAGUUCUUCUACCUUCGGGAGCACUGGAACUAUUUUGGGAUGGACGAGGCGCUGGGUCCGGUGGCAGUGAGCCUGCGCAGGGAGAAGCUGGAGGAGGAAAAGGAGCACGGCCAGCAAUAUAACUACCGUGUCAUCUUCAGAACCAGUGAGCUGACCACUCUUCGAGGUUCUGUCCUGGAGGAUGCCGUGCCUUCCACCUCGAAGCACGGCACCACCCGGGGGCUGCCCAUCAAAGAGGUGUUGGAGUACCUUCUCCCUGAGCUGGAUCUGUCCUGCCUCAGACUGGCCCUGAACACACCGAAAGUCACUGAGCAACUGAUGAAACUGGAUGAACAAGGGCUGAGUUUCCAGGUGAAGGUGGGGGUGAUGUACUGCAGAGCGGGCCAGAGCACAGAGGAGGAGAUGUACAACAACGAGACAGCUGGACCUGCCCUGGAAGAGUUCCUUCAACUGUUGGGAGAGAAAGUUCGCCUCAAGGGCUUCACCAAGUACAGAGCCCAGCUGGACACCAAAACGGAUUCCACGGGUACUCACUCCCUGUACACGACGUACAAGGACUAUGAGAUCAUGUUCCAUGUGUCCACUCUGCUGCCUUACACACCCAACAACAAACAACAGUUGCUGAGGAAGCGUCACAUAGGAAACGACAUCGUGACCAUCGUGUUCCAGGAGCCCGGCGCUCACCCCUUCACUCCGAAGGCCAUUCGCUCUCACUUUCAACAUGUCUUCAUCAUUGUGCGGGUGCACGAUCCCUGCUCCGACAACACAUGCUACAGUGUGGCUGUCACCCGUUCCCAGGACGUUCCCUCCUUUGGCCCGCCAAUCCCCAAGGGCGUGACCUUCCCCAAGUCCACUGUCUUCAGGGACUUCCUGUUGGGCAAAGUCAUCAACGCUGAGAACGCAGCCCACAAGUCAGAUAAGUUUGGUGCCAUGGCGACACGCACGCGGCAGGAGUAUCUUCGAGACUUGGCGGAGCGUCACGUGACCAGCACUCCGGUUGAACCCACUGGGAAGUUCCCCUUCAUUUCUCUGGCGCACAAACGACGGGAGAAGGUGCGUCCGUACAGCGGGGCGGAGCUUCGGAGCCUGGGGGCCGUGACCUGGCAGGUUCACGCUGAAGAUCAGGUGGCCGGUGCCGAACGUGAAUGCCUGUUGGCCAUUUCAAAUGACUUCAUCAUCCUGUUGGACCAGGAGGCCAAAGCGGUUGUGUUUAACUGCGCCACGCGUGAUGUUAUCGGCUGGUCGACGGGGAGCCCCGCCUCCAUGAAGAUCUACUACGAGCGUGGUGAGAGUGUGUCGCUGCGAUCCAUCAAUAACAACACAGAAGACUUUGGAGAGGUUGUCAAGAGACUGGAGCUGUUGACCAAGGGCAGUCAGACCACAGAGAUGACCCUGCGCCGUAAUGCCCUGGGCCAGCUGGGCUUUCAUGUCAACUUUGAGGGCAUUGUGGCCGAGGUGGAGCCCUACGGCUACGCUUGGCAGGCCGGGCUCAGGCAGGGCAGCCGAUUGGUGGAGAUCUGCAAGGUGUCGGUGGCCUCGCUGUCUCACGAGCAGAUGAUCGACCUGCUCAGGACCUCCGUUACUGUCAAGGUCGUGAUCAUCCCCCCACAUGAGGACUCCACACCGCGCAGAGGCUGCUCAGAAAUCUACCACAUGCCGCUGGUGGAUUACAAGAACCACAAGGAGGGCAUGCCCUACGAGUUAAAGUUCCCUUUCCGCCCCACCAACAACAACAACACCAAGUGGCCACGCACCUCAUCCAGCCCUCAAACACGUGCUGCUGGCACAGGGGGGACCCUGAUCAAGGCCCCGCCUUCAGACUUCAGUAACUCUGCUGCUAUUCCAAGAAGUGUCUCCAGUGACGGGCGACCCAUCAACCCCAAAAGAUAUUCCCCAGGGAACGACAACUACGCUCUCGCCUGCUCCAUUGUGAUGGGCCGCACGGUGCACAACACAAACUCCCCCUCCAGCCUCCCCUACACAGACACCAUGGGCUCCAGUCAGUGGAGGCAGAAGUCGAUGCCUGAUGGGUUUAAUAACAACAACUGCCAGUCCCCUGUGUCAGCAGUGCGGCAGGUGGCAGGUGAGGGCAUCAAUGGUAUCAAAGCGUGCUCUAGUUCUGGUGUUGGAUGGUCCCGAACUGGGGAGGGGGACAAAACUGGUGCAGACACUGUGGUUUCCAAGGCGGUGAUUCCUCGACUCCAGCUGUCCGAGCAGGGCAGCCACAUGUCUCCGAACAAAAGCACCAAGCCGGAUGCUCCGUAUUCAUCCAGCCAGUCGAGCAGCAACACACUGUCCAGCAAUGCCUCCAGCUCCGCCCACAGUGACGAGAAGUGGUACGAGGUCGGCUCGCGUUCGGGAGUGCGGAGCGACCUCGAGCUCAACGGCUACCUGCAGGGCGCCUCCACCGACAGCGGCAUCGACGCCACCUCCUUCACCGCCACACAAAGCAGCACAGCUUCCUCCACCGGUGCCUUCAGGGCCAAAGACAAAAUGGCAUGGCAGGACGACCCGACGGGCAGCCAGAGGGCCACGGACUCUUCACCUCCGACCCCGGACGCUCUGCUCGCCAUCGGAGGCAGCGAGAUCCCGGCGAAGAGUCCGACGGCCUUUCCUCUAGCUCCUGAUGGAGGCUCCUACAGCCUGAGUGAUGCUGCCUCCCACUCCAGCACGCUCAGCUCCGGCCACUCAGGGAGUCCGAUGGACCAGGGGCAGGACGAGGCAGCUGCUGCGUCCACCUCGCCCACAUCACCGGGGAGCAAGAGCUUCUACCCUCGCCAAGGAGCCACCUCCAAGUACCUGAUCGGCUGGAGGAAACCCGGGGGAACCGUCAACUCUGUGGACUUUGGCAGCACUCGCAAACGGCACCAGAGUGACGGUCUGCUUGGUGGUCAGCCGCAGCUCAGGGCCAAUCUCCGGGGCUCCCAGUCGCCCCAGCGGCACACUGCCAAGUCGAGUCUGGAAGAAGACUUGAAGAAGCUCAUCACGCUGGACAGCCCGCCACCAACUACAAAUGAAGAGAAGCCAUUUCCUGCUCCACCACCCACUCGCCGCUCCCUCCACAGAACUCUGUCAGACGAGAGUAUUUACAGCGGCCAGAGGGAGCCGUCCUCCAGUGGACAGCGCGACACGCCUACUGACCUUCUGUUCAGCUGUUCCACGAUGCCUCGCUCACCCACUGCUCGCCAUGGACCAAGCCGGCGAGCCUCACACAAAUCCUUGGGAGACCUGACAGCCCCAGAGAGCUCCGAGCUGGAGCAGGAGAGGAAGAGGCAGCAGCUGCAGGACGCUGUCCUCAUGCCCCUGCCUGACACUGGGGCAGAUGGCCCCCUGGAUUGGGCCCACCUGGUGGACGCUGCCAAGGCCUUUGAGGAGCAGAGGCUGGUCUUCCUCGCAGCUCAAGAGGAGAGCUCCAUGGCUGAGAGCGCAGCAGCAGCAGCAGCAGCAGCAGCAGCCACCAGUCCCCAGCAGGCUGAGCCUCAGGCAGCCCCGCUGAGACAGCCCUCUCCUGGAGAAACUCCGGCCUGCCUGAUGGGGAAGGUCAGCCAGCUGGAGUCAAUGGUGAAGGCGCUACAGGAGGACUUGAAGAAGGAAAAGGACGCCAAGGCCUCGCUGCAGGCUCAGAUACAGAGCCUGCGAGAGGACAACCAGCGUCUCCUGGAGGAGUCCUACAGCGCCUCGGCCAAGCUGAAGAAGUUCACAGAGUGGGUCUUUAACACCAUCGACAUGAACUGAUGCACAUGGCUGCUGCAGACUGCUCGACAUUAGGAGUUUGACCACUACUCAAGCAGAUGUGAAACUUCAGAGCUGCACACACAACAGAAUCACUUAUAAAAACUCACAACAUGAACUGUUUUCUCUCUGGCUUUUUUUUUACAAACCAGUGCCAACAUGGACCGUCUUCAGCCUUGUGGAUUUGUGGUUGAAUCACCAUGAAAGACUUCAGAACUAACGGGACAAAAGAGCAGUGGUGCAGCUGUGCGUCAGUUUUCAUCAGCAUGCAUUCCUUUUCCUUAGGAUUUCAUAAACAACGCUUUGUGUCUGAUCUAAUGGAUUGUUGGUAUCCCUGCAUGUCCGAUGCAGCAAGAUGUUGAAACUAACCUAAAGGGAUUUCAAGUUACUGUCCCCAUUUAGCUCCCCAGCUAACCUAAUUACAAGCGCACAGAUUUCCAAUUAAAAAGCUCCAACACAAUUUCAAAUGUGUUCCUCCAGUGGUGAAAAUAGUCCUCAAUUAGAGGUCUCUAAGAAUUAAGUGACGUAAGUGUGUAGUAAGUGAAUUGCUGUUCAAUUUCCCCCGAUUCAGAGAAAAAACUGAUUAUUUUUUAACAUUAACCAAAAGAAAAGAAGCUAUGUAGCAGUGUGAGCAGGUAAACACACAGACAGACCCUCUGCAUAGCACAUCACUGUAAAACACUAUGGUCAAGUCUGUAUCUCCUAUUUAACGAGGGUUAAAAGCAAGCAAAACUUGUACCAGACUCCUGGUCUGCUCAUAAAAAGAAUAUAUAUUGUAAAAUUCUUAAACAUCCAUAAAGAGAGAGAGAUGUGUCACUUAUUCAGAUUAUUGUAAAUAUAUGAUGUUAACAUUUAUUUUCGCACCUCUGCCCUUGAUAUAUGUAAAGAGUAUUUAUGACAAAGACGAUGGCCAAAAAAAAUAAAAUUAGCCAUAUGCGAUUCUGCAUGUGCAUAAAUGGUCAAUAAAAAUAAAAUAAAAUAUAUAUAUAUAUAUAUAUAUAUAUAUAAACUUUAACUAGUUUUCAACAGGAGAAAGCUAACUUUUGAUCAAAAAUACUAAUUCUUCUCACAUUUUUUUUGUCAGUUUAUGCAGUGGAUUGAUUGACAGCGCCACCUGGUGUCCUCCAUCCGUAGCAUGCUAAAAAGGCCUCAAUCUGAUCCUUCUUCUCUCAUAGAUUAAAUCGGUACUGUUGAAUAUAUGAUUACAUAGUAAGAUUGUGUAAAUCCUAAAAAUUCCAGCUACAGACUUUUCUCUGUAGCGUGUAAAUCUGCCUGUAAGCCCCGACCUGAAUUUGGUCCGUAGACCACCGCACAAAGUCCUUAUGUAAGCCUCAUAACGGUUUCCUUUUGUACUUGGAUACUGUGCAACUGUAUAUAAGGACAAUUUGAUAAUCAUCAGAAUUUGCACCUUCAUUCUUAUUUUUCAAGAUUAUUUUUGAUGCAUUUCUGCUUUACCGGCUAGGAUAUAGUAAAGGUGAAAUGAGCAAUGUGCAAGAGGGUCAUAAGACAGGACAGAGACCACGACCAUGCUGGACUCAGACAAAUGAGUCCCCUAGCACAGCAGAUCUGCACGUGAUUCUUAUUCCAUUGAGCUGUGAUGUGUAAAAAAUGUUUAUAUCUAUUAAAGAUAUUUUGUUGAAUUACA